AUGGGAGGCGAAAAGCCUCUCCCAUUGUGCCACCUUGAUUGUGGGAUUGUCCCGCACGUUGCCAAGAGCAACACUUUCUCGGAAGUGGUAUUCCGGAGGACCGACUCGCUGCACAAUGGUACCAACCUCGCGCGUUACUCCAAUAGACUCUCCUUGGCAUCUUUUGCAACUUAUUGUUCCCGGAUCCUCUGUGGGUCAAUCGCGCGCUACGGAGACCUUGGCGCGGAGAGGCGGAAAUUGCGAAAAUUGAUAGAACCGGAACAGUGUGACCGGAGUCAUUCCGGUUCCGGUUGUGUCAUUCUCUAA